GCGGUAGAUGAUUUAUGCAUCAUAACGUUUAUGCCGAAUCUGAUUUUUGCAAUCACGCGCGUCAGGCUCCGUAAUUGUUACCGAUCCGAGUCUGAUUUCGCCAUCACGCGUCCCAGGCUCCAUAAAUUCCAGGGAUCGUCCUUAUGGCGGUUUCGGCGACUGAGAUUUUGCAGCAUCCGCUAGAGGAGUAGGUCCAGAGGAUUCGAGGUGAGCGAUUCUUACUUCUGCCCGCGUCCGGUCUGUCGGCUCGGUCGCCGCACUUCUCCGCUGAGGCAGAUCUGCCUUGCCCGAUCCUUGGGGGAGAUUAUGGCCGUGAUAAAGGUGCGAGUGAGCAAACUCCGCGAGGCAAAGAGUGUUGAGGACAGCAGGCACAAGAGUGCCAGUCGCGAGCCAAAGGAAGGCCAGAGCAGCAACCCAAAGAGGGCCAAUGGCGAGGCACCAGUUGAGCCUCAGCAGAGGGAAGUUUGUGCAUUUUGCGACGAUGGUGGUGAAUUAAUCUGCUGUGAUGGUGGAUGUCUGAGAUCCUUCCACCCAACCAAAGAACAUGGUGAAAGAUCUAUGUGCACAAGCCUUGGGCUAAAUGAAGCAAAGUGGCAAAAGCAUAAAGCACUAGGGGAAAAGGGGUUAUAUUUCUGCGAGAACUGCAAGCAUAAGCAGCAUCAAUGUUUUGCUUGUGGAUUAUUGGGGUCUUCAAACUUAACAGCAGGUCCUGAGGUAUUCCAAUGUAAGGAGCAAAAGUGUGGGCACUUUUACCACCCGGGAUGUGUUGCUAAAAUACUCUACCCUGAUAACAAAGCCAAGGCAACAUGUUUUGAGCAAUGUGUUGCUGGUGGACUGGAAUUCAGUUGUCCCGUGCAUAAAUGUAAGCGGUGUAAGGAAGCAGAGAACAAGCAUGACAAGGAAAUGCAAUUCGCAGUAUGCAGGCGCUGUCCAACUGUAUACCACCGGAAGUGCUUGCCAAGGGAUAUUUCCUUGAUAGAGGACGAGGAAGAGGCUACUCCGCAAAGGGCAUGGGAUGGCAUUCUACCUGAUCAAAUUUUAAUCUACUGCAGGAAGCAUGAGAUUCAAGAAGAGCUAGGAACUCCCAAGAGGGACCAUAUUGUCUUUCCAGAUGUGAGAAAUCCUGGUGCAGCAGAAAGGCAUAGAGGUGCAUCUCAGGGGCACGAUAUACCCGACGAAGACGAGCUACUCGACCGCCUAGCGUCCUGCAAUCCAUCUCAGUCCCCUGAGCCGGCAGAAACAGGCCGCGGUAGGGUGAAGCCCAUCGAUUCUUUCGCGCCGAAGCACUUGUUCCCGCAUCCACAGCCAGGCUCCUGCGGUUGGCUUGAUGACUGAUGAUCCAUUCCUUGUCUCCCACCUUGCCGUGUAGAGAAACCAUCGGUUACAGGCUCCCUCUUAUACAUUUCAUGUCAUCUCGAGAAGAACAAAAGGAAAUGUUAUGUAGCCCUUUGUUAAGUUUGAUACGUAUGUCAUUUCCACUAUUUAGUUGGUACUGUAUAACAUGACAAUGCGCCAAAUAAACAUUCGGUUUACAAGGAAACCCGCUCUAUAUAUCCUGAGGUUCUGCCUCUGUUUUUUCUGAUUAGAAAAGAAAAAAGAAUAGCCAUGACAGGAACUUUUAUUGAAC